AUGUUCUCAGGAGAAAUUCCGGAUAUAUUUGGCAAUUUUACGCAACUCGCUUCUCUAAGGAUAGGAGGAAACCAGUUUUUUGGUAGAAUACCCACUAGCAUCAGAUCUUGCCAGCAAUUGAAUACACUAGAUCUAGCUGCGAAUAUGCUCAAUGCAAGCAUACCAAAGGAGAUUUAUGGGCUUUCCACAUUAGUCAGGUUGAAUUUGCGACAAAAUGCUUUAUCCGGUCCUUUACCUGCAGAAGUUGGUAACUUGAUACAUAUGCAAUUCAUGGAUGUUUCUGACAACCAGUUGUCAGGAAACAUUGCCUCAACAAUUGGUAGCUGUUCAAGCUUGCAACGUCUCUUCAUGGCUGGAAACAAUUUCACAGGUUCCAUCCCAAGCACAAUCGGACAAUUAGCAUAUCUCAAGGCCUUGGAUCUCUCUUCAAAUAGACUCACUGGUACAAUCCCUGAAGAGCUAGGACAACUUCAGUAUUUAGUCCAGCUUAACCUGUCCUUCAAUCAUUUGGAAGGUGCAGUUCCAAUGACCGGUGUCUUCAUGAACAUCAGCCAGGAUAAUCUCAAAGGAAACGACAGGCUUUGCCAUGAUAAUCAAACAACAGCAGAAAAAUUGGGACUCCCUCAAUGCAUUGCGAAGAGAAGAACCAGGCAUCUUCUGUUGAAGGUCAUACUUCCUGUUGCUAUUGUCGCUUGCUUAAUGAUUAUGUUUUUGUGCUUUGCAUGCAAAGUUAUAUACUGGAAAAAGCAAAAGACGAAGAGAGGCAAAGGAAGGUUGUCCUCUCCUUCAAAGGGGUUGCCUCCAAAGAUAUCUUACUCUGAUAUCCGGCUAGCGACAGACAACUUUUCAAUGGAAAAUUUGAUAGGGAAGGGUGGAUUUGGUUCCGUUUACAAAGGCGUCAUCAGAAAUGUUGAAGAUGGAUCCUGCACUGAGAAACCAUCGUUGCUCAUUGACCAUAAUGGAGAAGAAUUCAAAGCUUUGGUUAUGGAGUUCAUGUCCCAUGGUAACUUAGAUAAGUGGUUGUAUCAAGAAGAUGAUGAAGAAUCUGGUUUAUACCUAACGUUAUCGCAAAGACUGAAUAUUGCAGUAGAUGUGGCUUCUGCCAUUGAUUACUUGCACCAUGACUGUGAUCCGCCAGUAGUUCAUUGUGAUCUGAAACCUGGAAAUGUGCUAUUAGACGAUGAUAUGGUGGCUCAUGUUGGUGAUUUUGGAUUGGCAAGGUUGCUUCCUCAAAAUCCAUCAGGGAAUGACAGUAGCACAAUAGGACUCAAGGGCUCAAUUGGUUACAUAGCUCCAGAGUACGGUCUGGGUGGCAAACCUUCAACCUCCGGGGAUGUCUACAGUUUUGGGAUCCUGCUACUCGAGAUGUUUAUAGCAAAGAAGCCCACUAACGAAAUGUUCAAAGAAGGUUUAAGCUUGAAUAAUUUUGCGACGGCAGUAAAUGAGAAUCAUGUCAUGGAGAUUGCCGAUCCAAGGCUUUUCAAGAACAAUUGGGACAAUUCAUUGCAAAGAACAGACAUUGGUUAUUCUAAUGAUGGCUCCAGCGGAAAUAGCAAUACAAGUAGUGGCAGUACUAUUUAUUCGCUAGACAAAAGCCGAGAGUUGGUAGCUGCUGCUAUAAGAGUUGGUUUGUCAUGUGCAGCUUCUUCGGCGAGAGAUCGUUUAUCCAUGAGAGAAGCCUUAGCGAUGCUGGAAAAGAUCAAGAAAGCAAUGCCCCAGACUAAUAAAUUGUAUUAA